CGUUGGAAAGCCUCUACUUGCCUUAUCUUUAAAUGUGCACCAUAUGUUGAGUAGCUUAAUAUUGUCAAUUAUAAACCUUAUAGUAAGCCAAUAAUGUCUAAUAUUUUAUUUCUUUCUUUAUUGGUUGCUAUAGCAGCCGUUGUUGUUAACUGUGAAGAUGGAGAGCUUAAAGUUGAAGUGGUUCAUGCCGUAGAAAAAUGUGACAGAAAAACGAAAAAGCAUGAUCUUGUGACUAUGCACUACGCUGGAUUCCUUGAAAAUGGUACACAGUUCGACAGCAGUUUAGAAAGGAAUCAGCCGUUCCAGUUUCAGCUCGGUAUCGGUCAAGUCAUCAAAGGUUGGGAAGACGGGCUGCUGGACAUGUGCCCUGGGGAAAAAAGGAAAUUGACAAUCCCACCAAAUCUUGCUUACGGUGAUAAAGGAGCAGGUGACGCAAUUCCUGCAGGUGCUACUCUGGUAUUUGAGGUCGAACUUGUCCAUACAGCUGACGGUCCAGUACCACCAAAUGUUUUCAAGCAGAUAGACAAAGAUGAGGAUGGAGUUUUAACUCAUGACGAGGUAUCUGACUAUUUAAUCGCACAAGCUCAGGAACAUGGACAACCGACCGACAAAGAUUCUCAGGAACAUAAGGAAAUGGUACAGACAAUUUUUGACCACGAGGAUAAAGACAAAGAUGGAGUUAUCUCCCAUAAUGAGUUUAGCGGACCUAAACAUGACGAGUUAUAAUACUUGAUAAAAGUAGUGCUUUUUUUGAAUUUCCAUUUUGAUAACUUGUAUGCUUUUUUAUACUAUAUAACAUAAACAUUUAAGAAAUCAACACUGUUUAUGUUUAAUAAGCUAUUAAUUCGCGGACAAAUUCACAUCUUAAACCUUUUUGGUGACCGAAGAUAUUUAUUCAAAGAUAGAAAUUAAAAUAUCUGACAUUUGCAAAUGGUGCCAUUGUAUUUAAUAAAUGCAAUGUCUCUCAUAACUGUAAAUUUCAGCAUUUUCAAUUUCGUUUUGUCAUUAAGAGAUAUUAAUACGCUAGUGCUUUCCUGUUUGUUUACUUAAAGUUAUACUAUGCUGAAUGUGCAUAAAUGUAAUCAACUCAUAACAUACAUAUUCUACUUAAAAGACACCGCUUUAGAGUUGUGUAAUUUAUUGAUGCAUAUCUUUAUUUGUUUACUAUGAAAUCAAAAGCAAUAAAUUAUACAAUGUAUGCUGUUUGACACUAUAUUUGCAAUUUAUCAACACUGACAUACAAUAUAUAAACACGAAUACAUCUGUCAUUUAUGUGACAUAAAAGUUGAUGGAUUUGAAAAAUGUCGUUUCCGUAACAAAACACCCAUUGCGGUUAGAAUCGUAAACUGCCAAUUCUUGAUGAAAUAUUGUUUCUAGAUGUGUUCGAUAAGUGCUUUUAUUAACACGCUGUCAUGGUUGGAUGUUAUUGUCACAAUUGUUCUUGUAAAAAAUAUAUAUUCAUGUCUUUGUAUUUCGGGGAAAAUGUGUGAGUGUGAAAACCUAGUCAAUUACACAAGUUCAUUUGUGUAUGUACAGUUUUUUAUGUUGAAAAUGUUGAAAAUAUGAUUUAAAUUUGGUUAGCAGAUAUUUUCAAAAAUAAAAAGAAAAUACACGUUA